AAAAAAUACGUCUCUUAAAAAUUUUCAGGGAAAUAAACCGUUCCAUUCCAUCCAAGCAGACAAAAUCCGGACCAAGAGAAAACCUUUCCUUCUUUUCCCGCCGGAUUGGAAUUGACUUCCAACUUUUCCAACUUCUCACACAACUCCCCUGGACUCAGAUCCUCUUAGGCUUCGCUCGCUAGUUUCAGAUCCAAAGCGAGAUACGAUGGCAAAAAAACAAUCGGAAGGAGAGCAAAUAUCAUCGGCAAAUGCAGUCUUUCUCGGAGCUUUAGCUCCCGGUGUUAACGCUCCCACAUGGACAACGCUAAGAUUUGCGUUUGUGAUGUUGGGUCUGUGCCUUGCUGUGAUGCUGGGCUUGGCAUUCUCUUCCAGUGACUCUUGGUUGGUACUUCAUGUUGCGUUCCUAGUUCUUAUCACUAUGACCCUCUUCUUGCUUCUUAGCUGGUUUCUUGCACAGACUGGUUUGGUUUCUGUUGAACAUCAAAUUCGGGAGAUGGGCUUAGCGCCAGAUGGUCAAGAGGUGAGUAAAGAAGGCGUGAAGAAAACUGAGGAGAAAUCCCUUUAAAAGGGCAACUUAUAGUUCAUGUAAAGACAAUUACAUUUGUGAUACAAUCCUUCCAAGAGGAAUGAGAAGACAAAGGUUGUCAAAACGGCAAGCAGAUUGCAGUAGUUCUGCGCUGUUUGAUGAGAAUAUUGCCCAGAGGAAUUCCAUCUUUCAGUUACUCUUGACCUCUUUCUGCUUGUGUUUGUUCUUUUUGGGCUUGAUGAAGCAGAAGCACGAGCAACACGGGAACUGAAGCAAGAACUUCAUCUCUUUGAUUUGAUGUUGUGGGAAUCAUAUUGUUUGGAGAUCUUUAUAUACAUGGAGCCUUUGCUUUU